AUGUCUAACCGAACCUACAAAGACGCCAUUGCGGCGCUCAACAGCCUUCAGCUGAACUACGCCUCCAUAGAAGCCCUCAAGCUGCAAAAGGACUUUCUGCCCAAACAGCGCUCCGAGCUCUCCAUUGCCGAGGUCUACGAGUACAUCCGAAGAUUGGGCUACAAGCCAGUGGAGUUUGACCGUUUGAAUGUGGUGCACGUUACUGGUACCAAGGGAAAGGGCCUGACGUGUGCUUUUGUGGACUCUGUGCUCAGACAGUACAAGGGGGGACCCUUGCUGAAGAUUGGGCUCUUCACCAGCCCGCACCUCAAGUCGGUGAGAGAGAGAAUCAGAAUCGACGGCCAGCCGAUCACGGAACAGAAGUUUACAAAGUACUUUUACGAAGUGUGGGACCGUCUUUCGACCACCACGUCGCUGCCCGAGGAGUUCCCGCUGUUGCAGCCUUCGGAUACCGUCAAGCCCAUGUACUUCAAGUACUUGACGGUGCUUUCGUUCCAUGUUUUCAUGUCUGAAGGCGUGGACACUGCUAUUUACGAGGUGGGCGUGGGUGGCCGCUACGACUCGACCAAUGUCGUCCAGCACCCCACCGUCGCCGGCGUUACUUCUUUGGGAAUCGACCAUACCUUCAUGUUGGGCAACACCAUAGAGUCGAUUGCGUGGAACAAGGCAGGUAUUUUCAAGCAGGGCUGUCCUGCGGUUGUUUCCGAGCAGACUGAGUUCCCCGAUCUGAUCAGCACCGUCAAGGAAGUCGCCGACGAGGUUGGCGUUUCGCUGUUUGAGAUCGUGGACUCCUCGAUCGUCCCCACCGAUAUCAAACUCGGUCUUGCGGGCGACUUCCAGCGCCAGAACGCCGCUGUGGCCGUGAAAUUGGCAGACAUCCACCUCCGGAAGCUUGGAGUGCCUGCCGCCGAGUUGCCCAACUGGAGCGACUCUUCCUUGCCAGACAAGUUCAUCCAGGGCCUUGAAAACACCCGCUGGGACGGCCGUUGCCAAAAGCUCACGAACCAGGACGGCUACGAAAACAUCACUUGGUACAUUGACGGCGCCCACACGCUAGAGUCGAUUCACGUGGCGCUGAAGUGGUUUACGCAGAGCAUCACCAAGCAGAAACAGCGGCCUGGAGCCCCCAGAAUCCUUUUGUUCAACCAGCAGUCGAGAGAAAACGCCGGCGAGCUUCUUGCCAAGCUCCACGAAAACCUCUCCGAAAACAAUGUGAAGUUUGACCAUGUCAUUUUCACCACCAACAUCACCUGGUCCGACGGAAGCUACAACAGCGACCUUGUCUCGCUCAACAACUCCAAGGAGCAGGUGGACAAGUUGGUGAUCCAGAAGGAGUUGGCGGAGAAGUGGGCCGCCUUGGAAAAGGGCACGGCGCAGACGUCACGGAAACACAUUUUCCCUAAUAUCGAAACGAGUCUCAACUUCAUCAAGAGCUUGACCAACGACGACCACCACGUGGACGCUUUUGUGUGUGGGUCGUUGCACUUGGUGGGCGGGUUCCUAGCCGUGUUGGAAGGCGAGAGAGACUGA